AUGGGCACUGGAAAGACGAUUGUCUUGGUGGAUGGUGAAGCACCACCACCAUUGAUACCAUCAAAGCGUUUUACAUUGGCCUUAUUAGUCUGCUUUGCUUUUAUCAUACAAUAUUCUCAACGUGUGAAUUUACCUAUAGCUAUUGUAUGCAUGGUUAAUCGUACAAAACCAAUUGAACAUGGAUUAAUAUUAAAUGGAACAAAAACAAUAAGUAACAAUUUAGCUAAUAAUGUAAACAAAAACUUUUUGCAUGCACCAACAACAGUAAAAACAAUUACUAAGGCGCUACAAAAAAGAGGAUUUCUUAAAGAUAAACAGUUCAAUUGGAUUGAAUUACAACAACAACUUCUGUUAGGAGGAUAUUGGGCUGGAUAUGUAUUUACACAGAUACCGGGCGGAUGGCUAGCAACAAGUAUUGGACCUAAAUGGGUUUUUGCUACUUCACUAACUGUUAGUUCUACUGCUACUCUUGCUCUAACAAUAAUGUAUGUUAUGUCAAGUACACACUUCGCCUUAAUGUUUAUCCUUCGUUUUAUUAUUGGUCUUGCGCAUGGUGUGCUUUUUCCAGCAACAAUAUCCCUAUGGUCAGUUUGGGCUGUUCCACAAGAACGAAGUACGCUUGCAUCAAUUGGAUUUUGUGGCACACAAUUCGGAACAUCAUUAACGAUGCUUCUUGGUGGUAUUUCAUGUAGCUAUUUAGCCUCAGGUUGGAUGUAUUUAUUUGUUCUAACAAGUGUUUUGGGUUUUAUUUGGUUGUCAUUAUGGAUACCAUUGACAUCACAUGCACCAACUGAUCAUCAAACAAUUAGUAGUCAUGAAAGAGAUUAUAUAUGCAGUUAUACAGGCCACACAGGCAAAAAACGCUCAAUGUCAUUAGCAUCCAUACCAUGGGGAAGCAUGAUAAAAUCUAAACCGUUACUUGCUUUAAUGUGUACACAUAUAGCAAAUUUAUUUGGGUUAUUUUUCUUUUUAACAAAUCUUGGUAAAAUUUUGACUGAACUUCAUCGCGUACCUACGCAAUAUACUGGUUAUAUAUUAUCAUUCGGAUUUUUUCUUACACUUUGCACUAGUUUAACAUCAGGUAUUAUCGCUGAUAAACUUGUUCGAUCUGAAAUAAUGACAUUAACAACUGCAAGAAGAUUAUUUAAUUCUAUAACAUCAUUUGUGCCUGCUUUAUGUAUGAUAUCAUUGUAUUUCUGUAAUGAAUCGAGACAAGUAUUGGGCGUUAUUACUGUACUCAUCUUUCUUGCUGCGUCCGGUCUUGGCUAUGGAAGUGGUUUUUCUGUGAAUUUUGCUGAUAUUGUUCCAGCAUAUUCGGGUAUUAUUUUUGGUAUAGCUAAUACAUUUGCAUCAAUAGCUGGUCUAACUGGAAAUCUUGUUGCUGGUCUUCUUGUUAAAAAGCCAAUACUCGAAGAAUGGAGAAAAUUAUUUAUUAUUUUCGGCAUAGUUUAUUUUAUUGGCGGUCUCAUAUUUUUAUUAUUUGGUUCAGGUGUACCGCGUAAAUGGGCUCGAUUUCAAUCAGCUGCUGCUCAAGAAGAAAAGAAAAUCAACGAUGAAGAAUUGGUGCCAAUGAAUGAGAAUGAUCAAGUUAAAGCUUGA